AUGGCGUUUGGUGCUGGGCUGUCUAUUUAUAUGGCAAAACGUAUUUUUAAACCAUCAUUCGAUUCUUUCGAUUCUAUGAUAACUCAUUUUAAAUAUAGUGUCGUGCAUCUAAAGGAUUCUAUUGCAGAUGUCGCGUUUAAGAGGAGCGAUAUCGCUGUAUCAACAGUCAAGGAUAUGUUUAAAAUGGCAUGUUCCACGAAAGGAAAAUGUAACGUUUUACUCCAAGGUGAAGAUGAGUCUAAAAUAAGAGGAAAUAUUAUAUGCCGCCUGACUCUGGUUGGAAGGCCCUACUUGCAAAUGUGGAUAGCUGCCGGCAUCGCAAAGAAUUUCAAAUAUAAAAGAACUAUUGAUUAUGGAAUACUCAAAUUGAUGGGAAUUGGACUUUUGGAUGCGUUGAUAGAACGUCGGCUGCCACAGACAAUGCAAAACGAUAUUAAUGUCAAUAAAACGGAAGCGAUCAGAAUGGAUCAAGUUUCUUUAGUAAUUGAAGUGAUGUGCUGUGAAAUAAUAAUAGCUUUCAUUAUUCUUGUAAUCGAAAAAAUCAUGUUUGCUUAUAAAUUCAAGCAAUCGUGA